AUGUUUCGGACGGCUUCUCGACUGCCCAGAAGAACAUUAUUCUCUGCAACAGUCGCAGGCACGGCUGUCGGAUUGCAUGAACGAGAGAAGUUGUCGAUAUACCCCUCACCGACACCGGACACCGUUCUAGUUGAUUCUCCAUCAGAAUUGGAGAAACAGAUCGGCAAUGUUCGCAGAACAGCACAAGAUACAUAUGCUGGCGCACACGCACACGUCCAAGGCUGGGUAUCAAAAUGGAUUGGCGUAGAACACGCAGUGGAAAACCGUGUUAAAUCUAUCGUCACUCCCGAGGAGCCUCUCACUCCCAAUUUGCUCUACGUCGGCGUGGCUACACUGACUGGCUCCAUUCUGGCACGAAAUCGCGGCCUUGCUACCCGCUUCCUCCUUCCACCCUUCCUCCUUAUCGCCUCUGCUCAACACUUCCUGCCCAGAACAACGGGGAACCUUUCCGACUACCUUGGCAGCCUGGAGGACGCCUACUUCCCUACGUUUGCCGAGAAACAUGAGAUAUCGAAGGCGCAUUCGGCCAUGACCUGGGAACGCAUCAAGGAUGCGACGAAGAACGGGCGAGAGCGAAUUAAUCACGGGGCGGUCGUAGUCGUCGACAAAGUGCAAGAGCUUACGGGCUUGAAGCUCAAGGAGACCAUUGGCUUGCAGAAGGCCAAGGCUGAGGAAGUCACGCGGAGCACAGAGGCUGUCGCUGUCAAUGUAGAAAAGAAGGUGGAAGAAGCGGAGAAGGUGGAGGAGAAGGAGGCGAAGGAUGCAAAGAGAUUGGUAUAA